AUGUCGAUUCAAUCGCUCCACCAACUCGCCUCAAAGAAAAUGGAUGAGUACAUUGUCGAUGGUAAGUCUUUUUCCAUUUCUUUUCCUAUCAUAAUUCAACUUUUUCAGAGUCCCUCGACGUAUCCUCAAUUGUUUUCCCUCGAAAAGAGAGCAAUGCCAUUUUCGAGCAUAUUAUCAAGAUGAAGAAGCCGGAACGUUCUCUAAAUGAGGAUUUGCUUGAACAAAUGACUGGAUUCAAUACGAGCCGUGCCAAUUUCAAGGGCGUCGAGAUGACGUUGACAGACGUGGCUUUCAUUGGCGAGCAGGAUCUUGAGAGCUUUACACUCGGAGACACGAUUCUUCUCAUGGACGGAUAUCAUGUUGAGAAUGGUGAGUGAUGACGAGCGUUCGGGCGAGUUCUAGUGACUGCGACAAGUGCUCCGAGAAAACUAAUUCAAUGUGAAUCUAAUUUCAGACGACACCAUCCUGAACAUUGAUUUGCUGACCAGGGACAUGUUCAACGAUUCGACCCGCCAAUCCCUCCGGCACCUGGACAUUAGCGGAUGGGGAAAUUUCAAUGGAGACUGGCUCAGAGCCAUUGGAUCCAUGCUCCCGAACCUUGUGAGCCUGAAUGUAGCUGGAAGACCGGUCAACAUUCAGACUCUUGUUGAGAGCUUUCCGGGGCUCCAAUACUUGAAUGUCUCGAAUUGUCAACUUGACAGUUUGGAUGGCAUCUCUGGACUGCAAGGGCUCCGAGUCUUGAUCAUGGAGAAUGCGUACAAGAUUCGGGACAUGACGGAGCUGUUCGAGUUGAGAGAACUACGAGUUUUGAACAUGGCAUGGUGAGUUGACGUUUAAAAAGAAACAUAAUUGUUCAUUCAUCUAUUUUCAGCCCAUCCCAAUUCAAUGCCGAUGGUUCUAACGAUAUCGCUGCCAUAUUCUGUCAGUUCCUGGAGGAUGGAUCCCGACUGCCCGAGCUUCGUUACCUGGACCUCUCGAAGACGACGCUGAAUGCAAGAGAUGUGAAGAGAGUCCUAAAGUUCAUCCCGACGAUCCAAAAUUUGACUCUAAUUGGAACGAACAUCGCUCUCCGAGAUUGCGUCGGCCACAACACGCACACUCUGGUCUCAACAACCAAAGCCCUGGAGCACUAUUUCUCAGAGGACAGUGCCCUGAUGAUUGAAACCGUUCUGCAGGAGAGUUGUGUGCUCACCGACGAUUUUCACAUCGAUGCGGCGAGCGGCUCGAUCUCAUUCGAACACAUGCUGCAGUUCGUGGAUCUCUUGCACAAGAUCCUUCUCCGAUACGGAGACGAGAAUGUGAUUCAUGGAAAGGUGGUUGAGAAUGUGUGGGCGAUUACGCCUGCAAUAUUCGGCCGCGUCAUGGCUGAAUCGGACCGCGAUCGUAUGAGCUUCAAGAUUGUCGUGCUGAUGAACAGGCUUCUGGACGUUUAUGGAGCGUACAAUCGCUCCAUUCUCAACUGCACACGACUCGCAACCUCAUUUUUGUUCUCGGCGAUCCGCGACCAAAUAAUAAUGAGCACGCCGGGCGUUAACGUGCAAAAGCUCGUCCUGUUGACGUUCGAAUACGUGGAGAGGCAGAAGAACGACAGCGAGGUGGUCGGCCUCUUUUUCCAAAUCCUCACGGAAGUUGAAGUUGCCGACACCGUGAAGACUAUCGUCUGUGGCUUUGAUGAAGAGCAGCGAAUCAAUGCUCAGCUUCUUCUGCUCAGCCUGAUGGAAGUUAUGAUGGCAAACUUGACGACAUGCUUCGGAAAUGGUCAAGGAGAAGCCUUCGACAACUGUGCCAUGUUGACUCGAAUGCUCACUUGGGUUUGCUGAUGCCUUAAUUCGAAUAAUUGUUGUUGUGUUUUUGUUCCAAACUUUUUAAAUUGCAUUAUGAAUAAGGAUAAUAAAGAAGUUACUAUAACACGUCAUUUUUGAUAUUUGAAGUCUUCCUUUUCUCGCUCAUUCAUGGCUGCGAGUCCAAUAAUUCUCUUCUCUAGCGAUGUCCGUCCAAACGCUCUUCCAAUUGUCGUCUGCAGAGUACAUUCUCGAUGGUCAAUUCCGAUUUUUCUCACUCAAGACCACAAUGAGUUCUACCAGUCAGAUAUACUUGCAAUUUUGCGGUAAGUCAAAUAAAAAACACAUUUUGUUCAUUAAUUUUUUCCAGUUUUGCCACGACCGAUCGCAUGGACGAUGACUUCUGGAGUGCUGAAAAACGAGGCGCCGCUACCGAAAGAGCUUUCCUGGCGGCCACGAUUCUCUCCAAACUUCGUCAGCAUCCGGAGAGAUUCCCGGGGAAUUCUGGAUUCCAAGUCACCCGCCUUCUGCUGAUCUUCUACGCUGAUUUCCCCGCAAAUCACGUUGAUUAG